UAUAAACCAACCAGAAUCUGUCAGACUAGGGCAGAAUAAGUCCAUCACGCUGGCGACGUCCCUUUUGUCAACACAGCGCGACCUGCGUAUCUUAGCUUUAGUAAAUUUAAUUCCAUCAGUCAAAUUAUGAGCAGUAUGUGAACCAACAAUUACGUUCCACAUAGCUUUAAAAAUGAAGUGACGCGACGACAUUUUAAUCUUUUGCGUCGACAAUGGAUAUUACUACGUUGCGGGCCUGAUAUAAGUGACUUUAUUUUAACUUUUACAAUAACGGGUACAUGAUCCAGGUUUGUAGUUGUAUAUGCAAUAAACUGUAAACAUCAUUUAACAGAUAAGUUAUUAUCAAGUUCCGUCUGGUGUCUUUUUCGAGAUAACGCCAACUUGUAUAUAGACGUAAGAAGCAAAACAAAUCGACGACACGUGCAGACACACGAGAGGACGAAGCAGUAAAUAAACAAGUAGCUACCGAGACGAUGUGCGUCCACCUGGAAGAGUGGAAAGCGGCGGUUGCAGUUCACGUUUAUUUGCACGAGAUUCUCGCGAAGCAUUGCAGCUAGUCCGGCGCCAUUUUGGGAAGGAGGCAAGCAGUAGCGGCAAAAAUUGAAAAAAGGGACCUAAAAAGAUAUUUUUAAGCUAAACAAUUGAAAAAAAAGUUGGUUCGUGCUUAGUAGAGAAUAUUUUCAAACGGAGGCCGGGCAUGUGAGAGAUUAUUUUGUUGGCGAUUUGGAAUCAGAAGUUUGUUUGGUGCUUUCUCUCUCUUUCUCGGAAGACCCAGCAUUUGAUCAGCGUGUGCCCAUUGGGCACAAUUCAGAAGUGCCCGUAAAUCCGAGUGCAACGUGAGACAUCUCGUUAGAGAAUCUUUUUCCCCCCCUCAUGUGCCACCCUCGUACUGACUGGCCAUUGCAGUUCAGUUAAGGAUCUUCUGGAAUACAAACCAACCUUUCUGCUUGACAAUAUUGUACAAAGUGGCGAAUUAUCAAAGAACAUCGGAAAUGACACUAGCUGUAAAAUGUCACUUUUGUCAAAAUACUGAGUAACAAAAUACGCGCAUGUAGUGUGGCUUUUGCAGAAGAAGGUGGGAACUUUUUUUUUCUGGAAGAUAUUCCGAACGGAUAAAUUCGUCAAUGGAACCUUAUGUGACACGCUUCCUAAAACUUUCUCUUUCCUUUAUUGCUUGUUAGAAAAAGCAUUUUUGGAAUGUGUAAGGCUGAUGGUUGAUUUUUGUGUUUUGAGAUACUGGACUGAAAAAAAACAUUGUAAAAUGUGACACAUUUAACACGUCCGAAAUGGCAUUUAGGUAGCUGAUAAUGAUUUGUAGGCAGUUCUAAAUAUAACUGCUGUGAAAAUUCUUCAUUGAUGGACAACAAAGCAUCCUGUCGGUAUGGAUUUUUGGGUAAAUUAUAAAAAACUGGAAUAAGUAUUUUUCUGUGUCUCGCACUUUUUUCUCCUUAUGGGGAGUCGUCAGUGGAUCUAAAGAUGGACAGGUGAUGAAAGAUGUAAGCCAGCAACAUUCAUCCAAAAAAUACUUAAUGAGCAACUCUGAUUUUUUGUGGAAUUUUUAAAAACGGAGUCCAGAAGAUGCACUCAACAUGAGUGUGUGAAGAGAAAACUUUCAUCCAGGUCACUUGAUGUGACAUGAGGUUGAAGUUGCCUUUUGAAACAUUUUAGAAUUUGAACUAAAUGGCGCAGCAUGACUUUGCUCCAGCCUGGCUUAACUUUCCUCCGCUGCCAUCAUCAAGGAAGAUAGCUGAACCUUCUAAUGAUCUUGAUUACCACAGUGAUGUAAGUAACAACCAGCAUAGUUUUUGCAAUGGGCUUGAAUCUUCAAAUGAGCGUGGAUGUAGGCAAAUAAAUUAUGGAAAGAAAGAAAAAAAUGGUUGGAGAGGUAAAAAUGCUUUUGAAGGAGUAAAUAGUCACAGCAAUCGUGGGGUAAAUUCAAGAUCAAGACAAGCUGGUUUUCACAUUGGAAAAAAAAAUGCUCUUCGUAAAACCACAUUGACUGAGAAAGAGAAUGGAAAAAAUGAUGGACCUGAUCUUAAACAGUUUGAGGCUGAAGAUUUUCCAUCACUUAAUCCUGAAUGUGAAAGAGAGGUAGCCCAGGGGAAAUCUGUUGCUGCAGGAGUUUGGGAACACCCACUGAAUCCAAAAUCAAGAGCUUCCAAGAUGAUGAUAAUCAAAAAAGGUACAAAAGAAGAAAUGUCAUCAGGAUAUCCCAUAACGGGAUUUUCAAACCUUUCAUCACAACCAAACAUUCAUGAUCCUAGAAAUGGGAUUGGCCUAAAUGUCACUAAAAGCCUAACUCCAAAACCAACUACAACACUGAUAAAGGAAAGUCGUUCUAACUUUUCAUGUGUGGACAGUAGUCAGCCUCGUUUAAUGAAACUGGCACGUGCACGAGUGGACAAAAAGAGUGUAUUUUUGAAGGCUUUAAAACAGGAUAGGUUUGAAGAUCAUGACGGUGAUAUGAUCCAAUACAAGGAAGAAAAAUGUAAUGUACAAAAUCGAAAUAGACCUCUAACAAUGGAUGAAAAUCUAAAUGGCUAUGACCAUGAACAAUCUAGAGUAAAUGGAAAUGCACUGGUGAUGACUCCAAAGCUGAUCCAUUCAUCUACUUUCCCUCAAACAGAUGUUUUGUCAAGUUCUCUUGAAGCUGAACACAGACUUCUAAAAGCCAUGGGUUGGCAAGAAGACAGUGAGAAUGAUGACACUUGUGCCCCUUUAACUGAGGAUGAAAUGAAAGAGUUUCAAGCUAUCAGUGAACAGCUACAGAAAAAUGGAUUUAGAAAAAACUGUCUGAAAAAUGGCCUUCCGGGGGAUUACUUUCAAAAUUGGAAAAAUGGCACUUUCAGUCACACCACUGACAAUGAUGAAGUUGAAACAACCAGUAGUGAUACCUCAGACGAUGAAGUGGUGUAAUUUUUUUCCUUAAUAUUUUUUCAGCCGUAGUUUGGUUCUUACAUGUUUAAUGGAGUAAACCACAUCAGAAGGAGUGCUUGAUAGGGACUUUGAAGUGAUACUUGGAGUUGAACUUUGAUUUUUUUGCUAUGUAAAUGGCAUUUGCAGAAAUGACUCUUAUUGGUUUGAUUUGGCGGUUGAAUUAAUUUCAUUACUGCAAAUCAGACAUCUGCUGCAAUGUGUAAAAUAACUAAUAUAAAGUCAAUAAAAUAUUGCAAUUUAAAUUGGGA